GUUCUAUAUCAAUCUAUCUAUCUAAAUCAAUAUAAUAUGUGCGAUUUUAUGGGAAUUAAAAAUUUAGCUUGUGCUUCAAGAGCAGAGCAGAAAUGUUUCUUUAAUUCGUUUGAUGGUAUUUUGUCCGAUAUGGAUGGUGUAAUAUGGGUGGGAUAUAAGCCGCUUCCAGGAACUGCCGAAUGCGUACAGAGUCUUAAAAAAAUUGGCAAAACUGUUUCUUUUGUCACCAAUAAUGGUACGAUAUCUACAGAUAAUAUCUACAAACUUCUUCAAAACCACAAAUUUAGUGUAGACUUAAAGGAUAUUGUAAAUCCCAUUACAGCGUAUAUAACUGUACUACAUAAACUGGGUUUUGAGAAAACUGCUUUUGUGCUGGGUUCCAGUGAGUUACAAGAGGAGUUGAGAAAGGCUGGAUUUAAAGUUGCACCAAAUCCGCCACAUCCUGUUGGUGAAAAUAUUUCCGAGGUUUCAAAACAGCUUGAAGAUGAUAAAGAAAUAGGAGCAGUAAUUAUCGACUAUGAUAUAAAUUUAAGUAUGAUGAAGCUUCAAAAAGCACUAAUAUACCUAAGAAGAAGCGACUGUUAUUUUAUUAUUGGCGCUAGUGAUAAAUCAGUUCCUUUUCCUCAAUAUGGGUCAUUAUUAGGUAAUUAUUACUUUAUUAAAAGUUUAGAAGAUCUGAGCGGAAGAAAACCUCUUCAUAUGGCUAAACCAUCAUCAGAUUUUACUAACUUUAUAAUGGAACAGUUUGAUUUUCCAAAUCCCAAAAGGGUUUUAUUUAUAGGAGAUUCGAUAGCUGAAGACAUGCAAUUUGCAACAAAUAGUGGAUUCCAAAAAUUACUUGUAUUAACUGGAGUUACUAAAAUAGAGGACGUUCAUGAGUGGAAACAUGAAGAAAAGUAUAAACCAAAGUAUUACGUUGAUAGUAUUGGAGCUUUAAAUCUAAUUCUUGGAAAACUUCAAAUAAAGGAAAUGUCUUAGAUAUAUUUUGUAUGUACCUACCCAUUUUUU